AUGAUUGACUUAUAUGUACUUGCUGCCGGUUCGGCAUUGACAGGAAUAUUAUUCAAUUGUGUUAUUGUGCUGACUAUUUUUAAACGAUUUUUCAGUACCGGCAAGAAAAUAGUAGAAAAAGCAUCGACUGAAAAUAAAACUGAAAACGAUACAAUUUCAGUUGUUUACGGAACAGUUAAAGGAGCAUCAAAGAAAUUUGCCGAACUAACUUAUGAGCAGCUUAUACAGAAUGGUCUGUCAGCAAAUAUUUAUGAUAUGAAAGACAUUAGUGAUCCAGAAGAUUUUCUCAAUACCCAGGCAAAGCAUUCAAAAACAAUGGUGAUAUUUAUUUCAACAUACGAAGAUGUUACACCACCUUUGUCAGCAAAAUGGUUUUAUUCUUAUGUAAAAGAAGCAGCAUAUGAUUUUCGAGUAUCGAAAGAUCAAUUAAAUAAGUUAAAAUACUCCAUAUUUGGAUGCGGAAAUAGUUUAUACGAUACAAAUUUCAACAAAAUCGCAAUAAAUCUUGAUGAGUAUUUACAUGAACUAGGAAGUACAAAGAUUUUAUCAACUGAGCUUGCUGAUGAAAAUACGAUUCAAAGUCCAUAUGGAGGUCUCGAAGGUCAUUAUUCCAAGUGGAUAAAUGCCUUGAUGACUACUCUACAAAAUAAAUGUGAUUCACCUGCAACGUUAAUAGGAACAAAGGAUGUGCACUGUAAAAAUCCUGAAUCAUGCGAUUGUAAAACGAAUGAAGAAAAUGCCGAAUGUAACAAUGAUAAAGAAGACGCAGACGGCUCAGCUGAACAACAAUAUGAAAGUGAUGAUGAAGGUGCUGGCGGCUGCAAAGAUUCAAGUGCAGAUAUUAUGGAUUUAGAAGAUAUGGGUCAUUAUGUUUCUACAGCACCAUUAAAAAAUACUGUUUCGGAAUCAAAUGGAACAAAAGAAAUGAUAACACCACUAAUUCGACAAUCAUUAGAAAAACAAGGCUAUAAAUUAAUUGGUAGUCAUUCGGGAGUUAAAAUAUGUAGAUGGACAAAGUCAAUGUUACGUGGUCGAGGCGGUUGUUAUAAACAUACAUUUUAUGGAAUUGAAAGUCAUCGUUGUAUGGAAACAACGCCAAGUUUGGCAUGCGCAAAUAAAUGUGUGUUCUGUUGGAGACAUCAUACAAAUCCUGUUGGAACAUCAUGGCAAUGGAAAACAGAUGAUGCUGAAACGUUAUAUAAUGGCGCUACUCAAAAUCAUUAUAAAAUGAUUAAAGAAUUUCGAGGUGUACCCGGUGUGUUACCAGAACGAUAUGCUGAAGCUAUGAAAAUUCGUCAUUGUGCAUUAUCGUUGGUUGGUGAACCAAUUAUGUAUCCUCAUAUAAAUGAAUUAAUAUCGAAAUUACAUAAAAAUCAAAUAAGUACAUUUUUGGUAACAAAUGCUCAAUUUCCAAAAGAGAUCGAGACGUUAGAACCAGUUACACAACUCUACGUUAGUGUUGAUGCAUCAACAAAAGAAACAUUGAAAAAAAUUGAUCGACCAUUGUUUAAAGAUUUUUGGGAAAGAUAUUUGGCUAGUUUAAAAGCAUUAAAAUCAAAAGGUCAACGAACUGUUUAUCGUUUAACAUUAGUAAAAGGUUAUAACACUGAACAAAUUGAACAAUAUGCAAAUCUUGUCGAAUUAGGUGAUCCAGAUUUCAUUGAAGUUAAAGGAGUCACUUAUUGUGGUGAAUCAAAUGCGAGUACUUUAACAUUAGCAAACGUUCCAUGGCAUGAUGAAGUUAUUGAAUUUGUUAAAUUAUUAUGUGAACGUCUACCACAGUAUGAUAUUGCUUGUGAACAUGAACAUUCAAAUUGUCUCCUAUUAGCACAUAAAAAAUUUCAAAUUAAUGGUAUUUGGCAUACAUGGAUUAAUUAUGAAAAAUUUCAUGAACUUAUCCAGCGUUAUUUGGAUUCAAAUAAAACGGAAUUAUUUACAUCUCUAGAUUAUGUCAGUGAAACACCGAAAUGGGCCGUUAUCGGUUCAGAAUCAAGAGGAUUUGAUCCGAAUGAUACGAGAAAACACUGUCCAACAAUGUCUCAUCAGCCAAGUAUGGAACCACGUGCUCGUAUAGAAAAAAUGUCAGCCGAAGUUGUUGACUCAAAUCCUUACAGUAGAUUAAUGGCACUUCAACGGAUGGGCAUUCGUAUUCGUGAAUAUUCUGUUCUAAUUGUGGGUGUCGGAGGUGUUGGAAGUGUAGCAGCAGAAAUGUUAACAAGAUGUGGAUGUGGAAAGCUGCUGUUGUUCGACUAUGAUAAAGUUGAAUUGGCCAAUAUGAAUCGAUUAUUUUAUCAACCACACCAAGCCGGUUUGAGUAAAGUAGAAGCAGCUGCUGACACAUUAAGGUAA